UUUGUCAGAUAAUUUUCCUGCAUGCACUGAGAUGGUCAUCUGAUUUUCAUCCUUCAUUCUAUUAAGGUGGUAUAUCACAGUAAUCAGUACAUAUCCUGAACCACCUUCACAUCACAGGGAUCAGUUGUACUUGGUCAUGCAGCUGGUGUCUGGUGGAGAGCUGUUUGACCGGAUAGUGGAGAAGGGAUUUUACACAGAGAAAGAUGCCAGCACUCUGAUCCGCCAGGUCUUAGACGCUGUCUACUAUCUCCAUAGAAUGGGCAUUGUCCACAGGGACCUCAAGCCUGAGAACCUUUUGUACUACAGUCAAGAUGAGGAGUCCAAAAUAAUGAUCAGUGACUUUGGAUUGUCCAAAAUGGAGGGCAAAGGCGACGUGAUGUCCACCGCGUGUGGGACCCCAGGCUAUGUCGCUCCGGAGGUCCUGGCCCAGAAACCCUACAGCAAAGCCGUUGACUGCUGGUCCAUCGGGGUGAUUGCCUACAUCUUGCUCUGCGGUUACCCUCCUUUCUAUGACGAGAAUGACUCCAAGCUCUUUGAGCAGAUCCUCAAGGCGGAAUAUGAGUUCGACUCCCCCUACUGGGAUGACAUCUCCGACUCUGCAAAGGACUUCAUUCGGAAUCUGAUGGAGAAAGAUCCAAAUAAAAGAUACACAUGCGAGCAGGCAGCUCGGCACCCAUGGAUCGCCGGUGACACAGCUCUCAGCAAAAACAUCCACGAGUCCGUCAGCGCCCAGAUCCGGAAGAACUUCGCCAAAAGCAAGUGGAGACAAGCGUUUAAUGCCACGGCCGUCGUGAGACAUAUGAGAAAACUCCAUCUCGGCAGCAGCCUGGACAGUUCCAACGCAGGUGUUUCGAGCAGCCUCAGUUUGGCCAGCCAAAAAGACUGUGCGCCUGGCACCCUCCACGCUCUGUAGUUUCAUUUCCUCUUCGUCGGGGGUCUCAGGAGUGGGAGCGGAUCGGAGACCGAGGCCCACCACUGUGACGACGGUGCACUCUGGAAGCAAGUGACUGGCCCUGGAGGUGGGGCCCAGGGGGCGGGCCAGGGAAGGGGGCCCCCCUGAGGACCACCAGCGCCACCAGCCACUCCAGAGCGAUCCCACCUUGCACCGGGCGCCUCCCUGCACAGGACUGGAAGACAGAAGUUUUUUUACGGCCAUAUUUUAUACUGCAAUUCUGAAGUGUUCAUUUCUCACUAACUUUACUGACUCAAGGGAGCUGACUUCAUAGGCUCUGGUGCUGUAUAUAGGACUCUCGCAAGGCUCUGGUAGAACGGAUUAUUUCCCAGUCCUCUCCCCUGCCGUUUCUGCUCUUCCCAGUAGAGGUAACCAUCUGUGUUGUAUUUUUUCAUUCAUGACAAAAAAAAGGUUUCAACUGGAUUAUUUAAGUAUUGGUAAAUAUUGUGCAUUAGGGUUUUUUUUUCCUUCUAAGAAAUACGUCCUCUCGAGCUGUACUUCUUAGUUCCACGAGCUAUUUCUUACGCUUGUCCGUGGUAGAAUUUUAUGUUAACCUUUACGAGAUUUUUUUUUUCCUCCAAAGGGAAUUUUAAGAAAUUACAAUUUUAAAAAUUGUAACAAGAGGAUUGGUCGAGAAUCUGUCUCCAAGGUGAAGAAUGCACUUUACUUCAAUUCCUUCUCUUUCUCUCCCCUUCUUCCUUGGAGGGGCAGCUCUCUGAGAAAACAGCUCAGCCGUUCUGCCGUCUUCUCCCCCAGGGUGCUGUGGGAGGGGACCUGCAGAGGAACCUUCCUGGCAGCUCCCCCAGCAAACCCCUCUCUGAGUGGAGACCCUCGGGGCCUCUUGCCAUCAGCGUUCAGAAAUGAAGAAGCCUGCUUCCCCCAGACAAAAGGCUAGCCUCGUGGUGAAGGAGAUGGACCCCUGCCCACCCCCGACCCCAGCAAAGAUUUAAGAGCCUCCCCAACUGAAGGAGCAAGAUGCCAUCCUGUUGAGAGUGAAUUGCACAUGCAGCUCUCAUUUCUCUCGAGGAGGAUGACGCAUGAAGGCCCUGCUCCCAGCGAUUCAGUUUUAAAAUUUAUCUGUUUUUUUAAAAAAUGCAUUUCUCACCUUACAACUGAGAACAGCCUCCAGCUCACACAAGUUGUCUCUGCGGAUUUCUGCCCUGUUCUCAGAGGAUGGUGGUCCAGGGGAGGAGAGGGGAGCGGCCUUGGAAAGACACUGUUUUUCAGGAUGGUGAGGAGCAGGGACCGCCUGGCAAGCAGGACACCCGCCGCUA